AUGCAGCGCCUGCCGCAUUUAGGAGCGGGUCACACCCACAAUAUCAUCAUUGUGAACCCAAACGGGUUGGCCCAACUCCCCGGCUGCCAGGUAAACCAGGCGUCGGGCAGAACUGGCGCGCACCAGCACCACCCUGCACCAGUUGGGGCAUCCAGUUCACACCAACAUCCAGAUCCGGGAAUAAGAACAACCCUUCUUCACCAGGAGCAAAGCCAACAAGCGAGACGGUCUCUCCCAAUUCGCCAGUCAAAUCGGCCUAUGGUCACGUCAGUCCUGCACCACCACCCUCUCCCUUCAACAGCUCAAGGAUCGCUUUUGCAUGCAGUUGAUUAUUUCUAUGAUCUGGGGCAAGUGAAUAGUUUAGAUCCGCCCAGUUCUAGAAUGGAAGUGCCCCAGUAUUCAAAUCCGAUGCCCUUCACUCUUCAGAAUAUUACGACACAGGUGCCUCAAACACCUGAUUUUCAUUUUUCUCUCUACGUCCUCCUAUCACCUCACGAGCACAGCAUUCACUUCCAGCAGUCCCCCAUCACUCUCUAUGAAGGAAGUCAAACAUUUUACACCACCUUGCCAAUUCAAGUGCGGAAUGCAGCUUACACUCCACGGCCCAGCACGUCCUCUAUCAGCCAACCAAUUCAACCACAGACAUCUACGCCAUCUCAAGGCAGUGCAAAUGCACAUUGUGCAUCCUUGCAUCAAUUGCAGCAGUGCGACUGUAAGCAGAAGCAACAGUGGCAGACUCAAGAAGUUCAGGUCAUGCAAGGAUUACAACCUGAAGUCAUGCAAGCACUCAGCAAACAGCAGCACCACAAUUCCGUUCCAACGAAUCGUGAUCCUGAUAUCAAUUCUGAAUCCAAGACACCAGGUUCUAAUAGUAAUACUGACCCAGAUCUGAAUUUUACUCUGUGCAAUGGUAAUCAAGGCAACUGUAAGCGACAUUGCGUCAGUCUUAGCCUGGCUCAAAGCUCGAGCCAAGAACUUAAGUCAAGCUGUGUAAAAAGUGAGAGUGUCCAUUCCAUUGACCAAAAUGAGGAAUUUGAGAAGAGAUUAAUGAUGUUAACGUUUGAAGAUGCAGUGAUGAUGUUUGACUUUGAACUCUUUGACAACCCAAAGUUAACUGGUCAGAUUACCGAACAGGAUCAAUACCUUCAAAUGCAAAACAAAAUGAGAAAUGAAAACAAUCAAAGAAACCAAAGUAAACGAAUACUUGCGGGUCACCUGUCUAAGGAAAGAAAGUCUGGAUCCUCGGAAUUAGAAGCAGAACAUUGCCCGAGCAUUAGACUGACACUGACAAGGAACUCACUGUCCUCGUUUUGUGCUGAAGCUCCCUGUAUCCCGCACAGAUUCACUAAUGAUCACUCCUUUUAUGAUCUGAAGCCUGAACAGGUCAACCUACAGACUCUGCUAGAACUCGACGAUGCCUCGGACGACGAAAGCUGCUGGGAGACACUAGGAUGUAAAAGUGAAUCAGCAGAGCUGGACAGUUCAGCCGGCGUGGAAACACUGCCAAAGGUGGACAAUAUCACCAACAGGAAAAGGAAAAGUCAACUUCUGGAUCUCGAAUCCUAAAUGACUGAGACGGAGCAAGAAUGAUUUGUUGGGCUGGCGGAGCAAUGCUGAACUGACAUUUGAAGGCAUGAGCUGUAUAUUAUGGAUGCUGAAUGUAGUCCAAUAUGUUCCAAACUUUGAACUUAUAUGUGUUUAAUCCCAUAGUAAUUGUCUGCCAUGUAUACAGUAAUUUUAACUCGGCUGAAGACAGUGUUACACAAAUGGUCAGUACUAUCCAAAAGCUCUGUAGUUUUAGCAACUCAUGUUGGUUGUACUGUAUUCUUGGAGGUUUUGCCACUUCUAAACACUACUCAUCCCCAUCUCCAAUCUUUAAGUAAUUACUGAACAAUUGAAGCUUGUUUUUAAAUUAUUAUUUUUUUCUCUUGGGCCGCAAGAGAAGCAAUUCUCCAUAUAUUAAUCUGCAAUUGCUGGGUAUUCCAGGGGAAUUAGUGCUCCAGUUCUACACCACCUUCAUUGUAGAUUAUCUGGGAAAGGUGAACGGCUUCACAGGGGAGUUGCAGUUGGAUUGUUCAUUACAUAAGGAAGCUUUAGAGAUUGAACCAGUCAUUGCACAAAUUAGUUUCACACUGCCAGUGCUCCCAUAUCACGGGGAUACUAUAGGAACUGAAAAGUCAUUGUCACGACACUGCACAGUAUAAUCUACAGGGGAAUUCUAUGGCCAGUGUGACUCUUGGAGCACAUACUCCAUUUAAGACAGUGUUCAAUUCCCAGUGUUUAAUUCCCAUGCUGUACUUUUGUGUACAUCACUCAUCUUUCAGGACCCUGUCAUCUGUGUCACACAAAUUACUUUUGAAACAUAUUUAUGGUUUGUUUGGCAGACCAACUGAGCGGUUGAGUUUUCACACAAAUGAAUCGUCAGUUAAUUAGUUGAUCCUCAUGGCUAGGAUGGAAAUUGGGGCAUAGGGUGAACUGCCAACUCCUUCCUGAAAUUAGGUACAGAUUUAUUUAUGGUCUGCUGGGCAGGGGUGUGAGAGUUUGGUCCCAUUCGGUAAGAAGAGCCUGUGACAAUGCAAUACGCCAGUGGGAUUGUGCUGAAGAAUCAGCGGUUGAGAGCUUGGGUCAGAUUUGAACCCACAACCUAUUAACUGGUACCCCUGCUAACCUGAUUAGUCAUGGUCAAGGCACACUUCUUGGCAGCAUGAGAUGCAAAUGUUUGAAUGUCCCCCAUGCUAACUCACAGCUGCAUUGAGGCAUCAGCCGGUCUGCAGGAGUAGAGGAAACCUGUUGAAUCGGGUUUGUGGACAUGAAUAUCCAUUGUUGCAGAGCUGAAGAGCUGGUAACCAGUCAGAUUAUUCUGCUGGCAGUUGCAUUGCAUAUGGCCAGUUUUCUGGCAUUUCAUUGCCAUCCAUCUCUCUCACCAAUGCCAAAAGCCAGGGAUAAAUAAACAUUCCUGAGCUGUAAAUGAUGAUUUUGAGGAUUACCACCUACUCCCUGAGGCCUGUAUUAUAAUAUGCACCUUGUCAUUAAUUGCAGGAACUACUACAGUGGUGAGAGGGUGCUUUAAAAAAAGAGUGCCAACAUGAACAAGGGUAACCGCAGCGUGAUUCAUUACUGUGUGGUGAUGUGCACGGAAGAAAAGAGAUAGAUGUUGAAUUGAAGGGGUUGAUGGAAUAGACAGUGGAGUUAAAAGGGAGGAGGAAGGAUGAUGGGGAUUGUCUGGUUUAAUGUACUGCAUUGCGGCUACUCUUCCCACCAUCACCAAAUCGCACAGCCUUACUCCACUAAAUGCCAAUCCCCAAUACUGGCUGUUGGCUGUGUUUCUCCCAACAUUCCAGCUUUAGCCAACACUAAAACAAACUUUUUGCAGCAGUUUGGACAAGUCUUGAUUUUAUCUCCCAUCCACAAAAAAAGUAAAAUUGUUCACUAAAUUAAGAAAGCACAGUUUGUCUUAGAGGGCUGGGUAAUUUUCUCUGGAGUUGUUUGCCCCAGUGUUGAAUGCCUGGAAAUACUAGGCUAUUCCAGAAGAUGGGCAAUGUCAACAGGAACAGGGAGAGGGAAAGGUUGGAGUAAAGGAGAAAGUCCCUUGAACUGAGAAGGGUUGGGAGCGGUGACAUUGACCUGGAAUCAGAUGGGUUUGAAUUCACCUGCCGACUGGGUUGGACUAUUGGAAAAGUUGUGCCAAAAUAUUUGUUCAGAUCCCAAAGGAAUCUGGGGUCAGAUGUGUCAGCUGGCCUUUAUCCUUUUAAGCAGCACCACAUCCAGCCUGUUUUAUGCAUGAGCAUCAAACAGGCUGACAGCUUCUGGAGAUGGAAUCUGUCAGUUCGCUCUGCUGCUGCUUGUGGAUCCCACUCUUGCAGAGAUUCCCCACCAUCCACCCAAUAGAUCCAGAGCCUGAUCAGUGAAUCCAAAGACUCAUGGAUUUCAAUGGGAAUUGUAGGGCCACCUAUUAGGAAGUGAAGGAGAAGGUAAGUUAUAUAUAUUUUUAAAUGAUUUAUUUUAGUUUAAUGUUUCAGCUUAUUUUGUUUUUAACAUUCAAAAAUAUUUUCAAUUUGAAUGGUUUUUAAAAAUCAAAAAAAUCCUUGCAGCUUUUACAGCUGGUAAAAACGAGUACACAGAUUUACCAGCUGUCAGCAGUUUCAAGGGCAGGGUUUUGUUUGUACAGACCUCCAGUACCUCCACCCCCACUAGUACCACCCCCACCCCCACUCCUACUAAGCCCAGCCACUGGCUAGUUGACCCUCUGCAACGUACCGGCCCGGUGUGGUUCUGGAAGGGAAGUGUUACAGAUUACAACUGUGAGUGUGGAAACUGUGUCAUCACAUGUUAGUCCUUGUUUACCAAUUGUUUAGUCUAGAAUUAUUUGAAAUUAACCAAACUGCAUCAUUUUAAUUAAAAUUGAAACCUCUGACGAGAAGAAUGCCUCAUAUUUUCCGAGGAAUUAUCUUCCAAAUUUAAUGCUGAGCUUUGAACAGAAUGACCUUCUGAUCAAAUGGAAAACUCUUCAAAUCGCUUACUUACUGUUACAAUUUGUGAAGAAAUGCAUGGUUUAAUUUUUCCCAUUCUGUAUUGUUAUUACAUUAGAAGAUUUUAAAAAUAAAGGAACUGUAACAGGCAUAGUUGACAAUGUUUUGUGUAAAUAUUCCUUUUUGAUGAAAGAAAUGCAUUGCCUGGCUUAAUUGUAAAUUGUUACAUGCUGGAAAAUUCACGGAAUAAAGUUUCCAAAACUGUUAGUUUUGGAAUGGGUAAUGGCAUCAGAUCUUCCCAGAAUUAUUGUCUUUAAUAUUGUUUAAUUAUUUGUUUUAAUACACAGAUUAUCAUAAUUAUGCUGAGUGCUCAAUUGGUGCCUAUUUUGACUAAGUACUAAUUGGCAGUUGAAACAACAGUUGAAACAAAGAAAUGCAUUGCUGGUUUACACAGAAAGACACAAAGUGCUGGAGUAACUCAGCAGGUCAGUCAGCGUCUCUGGACAAAAUGGAUAGGUGACGUUUCGAAUCGAAACCCUUCUUCAGAUUUCUUGUGUACUGCGAAACUUCCAGUUUAAUUCAAUGCAAUCACAUUUAUUACUUUUAUUCAUGAUUGUUUUGAGGAUGAACUUUAUGGAAGUGGUUCCACUCUCUUUGUCUGUUUGACAUUUGUGCUUCGAUUAAUGACUGUAUAGGUCCCUUUUUAAUACAUGAUGGAAAUGAAGAAAGGCCUGCAUUUAUAGAGUCGCAGAAUCCAAGAGAGAUAUAGCACAGGAGCAGAUGCUGCAACUUGCUGAAUCUACACUGACCAUCAACUACCUGUUUUUACACUAUCUUCACCCGAACCCAUAUUACAUUACGUAUUACCCAGAGUACAUUCACUGUCCUAACUACUUACAGUGCUGCCUCCAAGUAUUGACCAAUGUGGAGGAACAUUGAAUCAUUGGCUGAGAGAAGAUGGUGGGUUAUAGCCAAGAGGAGGUUUCCCGGCCCAAGUUUGAUUUCUUGAGACUUCAUGGAAUCAGGUCAAAUGGAAUCAAGGUUGCGGACACCAAGGGCUACUCCUUUCAGCCUGGACACCACUGUAACAACACCUCUGGCCUGCCUGUUCUGUUGAUAGGGAAAGACAUACCCAUGGACUGUGUGGCGGCAUCUGUACACCAUCUGUGAGCGACUAUAUCAGUCUUGCUCAGCGUAAUUUAUAGAUCUGUAAUUUAUAAUUUAUAAAUCAGCCCUCUGAAUUUGUGAAGACUUUGAACUGGGUUGGCAAUGACAUUGGCAUGUAUGAAUAUGGUGCCUAGUUUUAUCCCAGGUGGUCCAUGCAGUUUCCUUAUCCCUCCUCUCUCUAAAUCUUGCUCUUAUGGUACAAUGUAAUGGCUUUCUAGGACACUCAAGAGUCAAAUACAAGGCUCUGAGAUAAUCAACAAGGCAUUCUUCAGCCCAACUUGCCCAAACAUGGGCACACAUGCCCAACAUGUCCCAUCUGCACAAAUUCCACCUACCAGCAUUUGGCCCAUAUCCCUCUAAACCUGCCCUAUCCAUGUACCAGUGUCCUAUCCACGUACCUGUCUAAAUGUUUCUUAAAUGUUGCAAUAGUAUCUGCCUCAACAUACACCUACCGUCCUUUGUGUGAAAAAGUUAGCCCACAGGUUCUUAUUAAAUCUUUCCCACCUCACCUUAAACCUAUGUCCUCUGGUUCUCAAUUCCACUACUCUGGGGAAGAGACUUUGUGCAUCUACCUGAUCUAUUCCUCUCAUUAUUUUAUGCACCUCUUUUAGAUCACCCCUCAUCCUCCUGCACUCCAAGGAAUAGCUUGCUCAACCUUUCCCCAUUGCUCAGGCCCUCGAGUUCUGGCAACAUCCUCGACAAUCUUCUCUGCACCCUUUCCAGGUUUAUAAACAUCUUUCCUAUAACACAAUGCUCAAAACUGAACACAAUACUCUAAAUGCGCUGCACCAAUCAUCAUCAUACAACUGCUACAUGACAUCCUUUCUAUACUCAAUGCUCUGACUGAUGAAGGCCAAUGUUCCAAAAGCAUUUUUGACCACCCUAUCUACCUGUGACGCCACUUUCAAGGAACUAUGUACCUGUACUCCUAGAUCUCUCUGCUCUACCACAUUCCCCAGCCCGACUAUUCACUGUGUAGAUUCUGCCCAUGUUAGUGCUCCAAAAAUGCAACACCUCACAUUUCUCUGUAUUAAAUUUCAUCAACCAUUCCUCAGCCCACCUGCCCAACCGAUCAAGAUCCUGCUGCAAUUUUUGACAACCAUCUUCACUAU